AUGUCACGGGUUCAACAAUACUGGCUCCCGGGCUAUGGACUGUCCCGGCACAUUGUCCUCGGACACAUCCAUUAUUUCCUCGGACCGUCGGCGUCCGUCAGACCAUAUAGCUACCAGGUAUAUCAGGCCAUGGCUCCCGCUACACGCCACGAUGUCGGUUUUUGCUCCAAGGGGCGCGAAGGUUAUCUGAUUGUCGGAGUACCUAUCACGCGGGAACAAAUUGAAGAUCUCGCAGCCAUGUCCCGGGAUUACGAGAGACAGGAAGCUCUCCGGAUGACCCACCACAGCAGCAGCUCCAGUUCCAGCAGCGAGGGAUCCACGCGGCAGUCAUCAGAACCAUAUAUCAACGAAAUCAUCCCCGUGGAUCAACCCCGCGCCCGCAGGCGUCCAACAGAGCCAGAUUCGAGAGGCGGCCGCUGA